CACAGAUCCAACUCCUUCUCCCCAACCCCUCCCAUCCUCAGUCCCUUCUCCACACAUCUGAUUCAUUCCUCCUGUGCACCUCCCCUUGGCUAGGUAAAGCAUAUAAAUAUUCAAAGCUCAGUUAGCUACCCAGGGAGCUCUUGGUUGCCUCGAGACGUGGAGAAAGAGGGAGAGAGACAGGUGUAGACGUGCAACAGGUGGAGUUUCUCAGGAUAAGGAGGAAAUAAAUGAUCUUCACAAAACCACUGGGAUUGAGACAGCGGUGCAAGGAUGGGGCUUGUAAAGGGGAAAGAUGAUUAUAAACUGGCGGCGACCUCCGAGGACGAUGGAAAGAAGAAGAGUGAAAAGCAGGUGAAGAAAGCGAAGGAAAAGACGGAUAUGGAUGACCUGAAAAAGGAAGUUGACCUGGACGACCACAAGUUGACCUUGGAUGAACUUAACAGGAAAUACGGCACAGACUUAGCCAGGGGUCUAUCCUCAGUUCGGGCUAAGGAGAUCCUUCUUCGCGAUGGCCCAAACACCCUGACUCCUCCCCGCACUACCCCUGAGUGGGUGAAGUUCUGCAAGCAGCUCUUUGGCGGGUUCUGCAUGCUGCUGUGGAUCGGAGCUGUGCUCUGCUUCACAGCCCACAUUAUCCAGGUCACCUCAGAGGAAGAGCCGACCAAUGCUAAUUUGUACCUGGGUCUUGUGCUCGCUGUUGUCGUCAUUAUCACCGGUUGUUUCUCCUACUACCAAGAGGCCAAGAGCUCAAAGAUCAUGGACUCCUUCAAAAACCUGGUCCCGCAGCAAGCCCUGGUUGUCCGUGACGGUGAGAAGAAGAACAUCAACACUGAAGAAGUGGUGGUUGGCGACAUAGUGGAGGUGAAGGGAGGAGAUAGGAUACCAGCUGAUUUGCGUAUCAUCUCUGCCAGCGGCUGCAAGGUGGACAACUCCUCCCUCACUGGUGAAUCUGAGCCCCAAACUCGUAGUCCCGAUUUUAGCAAUGACAACCCCCUGGAAACCAGGAACAUCGCCUUCUUCUCUACCAACUGUGUUGAAGGAACUGCCAGAGGUAUCGUCAUCAACACUGGGGACCACACUAUCAUGGGUCGUAUCGCCGCCUUGGCUAUGAGUCUGGAAAGUGGGCAGACGCCUCUCGGAAUUGAAAUUGACCACUUCAUCGAAAUCAUCACCGGUGUGUCCGUCUUCUUCGGUGUGACUUUCUUAAUCCUCUCCGUCAUUCUGGGCUAUGGUUGGCUGCCAUCCAUCAUCUUCCUCAUUGGAAUCAUUGUCGCUAAUGUGCCAGAGGGUCUUCUGGCUACUGUAACUGUGUGUCUAACUCUGACUGCCAAGCGUAUGGCCAAGAAGAACUGCCUGGUGAAGAAUCUGGAAGCUGUGGAGACCCUGGGGUCCACCUCCACAAUCUGCUCCGACAAGACUGGCACCCUGACCCAGAACAGAAUGACUGUGGCUCACAUGUGGUUCGACAACCAGAUCCAUGACGCUGACACCACAGAGAACCAGAGUGGUACCUCUUUCGACAAAAGCUCUGCCACCUGGGCUGCCCUGGCUAGAGUCGCUGGCCUGUGCAACCGAGCUGUCUUCCUGGCAGAACAGAACAACGUACCUAUCCUCAAGAGAGAUGUGAGUGGUGAUGCCUCAGAGACUGCCCUGCUAAAGUGUAUCGAGCUGUGCUGUGGGUCUGUCAAAGACAUGAGAGAAAAGUACAGCAAAGUCGUUGAGAUCCCCUUCAACUCCACCAACAAAUACCAGCUCUCCAUUCAUGAGAACAACACGGCCGGCGAGUCCAAUCAUCUGCUGGUGAUGAAGGGAGCCCCUGAGAGGAUCCUGGACAGCUGCUCCACCAUCUUGCUCCAAGGCAAAGAACAUCCUCUGGAUGACGAGAUAAAGGAAUCAUUUCAGAAAGCCUACGAAGCGCUAGGAGGACUGGGAGAGAGAGUGCUGGGUUUCUGCCAUUUCCAGCUCCCUGAUGACCAGUUUCCAGAAGGCUUUGACUUUGACUGUGAAGAUGUGAACUUUCCCACUGAGAAUCUGUGCUUCGUUGGCCUCAUGUCCAUGAUUGACCCUCCCCGUGCUGCUGUGCCUGAUGCUGUGAGCAAGUGCAGGUGUGCUGGAAUCAAGGUUAUCAUGGUCACUGGAGAUCAUCCCAUCACUGCAAAGGCCAUUGCCAAGGGUGUGGGCAUCAUCUCUGAGGGAAACGAGACUGUUGAGGAAAUUGCUGCUCGUCUGAAAAUCCCAGUUUCUGAGGUCAACCCAAGAGAUGCCAAGGCCCGUGUUGUCCACGGUGGAGAGCUGAAGGACAUGACCGCCGAAGAGUUGGAUGACAUCCUGAAGUAUCACACUGAGAUUGUGUUUGCCAGAACUUCUCCUCAGCAGAAGCUGAUUAUUGUGGAGGGUUGCCAGCGUCAGGGGGCCAUUGUGGCUGUGACAGGUGACGGUGUGAACGAUUCCCCUGCUCUGAGGAAGGCUGACAUCGGUGUUGCUAUGGGUAUCGCUGGAUCUGACGUCUCCAAGCAGGCUGCAGACAUGAUCCUCCUGGAUGACAACUUUGCCUCCAUCGUGACUGGUGUUGAAGAGGGCCGUCUGAUCUUUGACAACUUGAAAAAGUCCAUCACCUACACCUUGUCAAGUAAAAUUCCAGAGAUGACCCCCUUCCUCUUCUUGCUCCUCGCCAACAUUCCACUGGCCCUAGGGACCGUCACCAUCCUCUGCAUCGACCUGGGAACUGACAUGAUCCCCGCUAUCUCCCUGGCCUAUGAACAAGCUGAGAACGACAUCAUGAAGAGACAGCCACGGAACCCCAAAACAGACCGACUGGUGAACGAGAGACUCAUUAGUGUGGCCUAUGGUCAAUUUGGAGUGAUGCUGGCCGCAGCCGGCUUCUUCACAUACUUUGUAAUCAUGGCUGAGAACGGGUUCUAUCCCAUGGAUCUGCUAGGAAUCCGUUUGGACUGGGAAAACCAGUAUAUCAACGACUUGGAGGACAGCUACGGCCAGCAGUGGACAUAUGAGAGCAGAAAGAUUAUUGAGUUCACCUGCCACACAGCGUACUUCGCCGCUGUCGUGAUUGCUCAGUGGGCCGUUUUGAUCGUCUGUAAGACCAGGAAGAACUCCUUCUUUCAGCAGGGACUAAUGAAGAACCGUGUUCUCAUCUUCGGACUUUGUUCGGAAUCCGCCCUGGCUCUCUUCCUGUCCUACUGUCCUGGAAUGGACAUUGCCAUCAGAAUGUAUCCACUCAAGCCUUUCUGGUGGGUAUGUGCAUUUCCCUACACCCUGCUCAUCUUCAUCUAUGAUGAGGUUAGAAAAUACAUCAUGCGACGGAGCCCAGGAGGUUGGGUGUACCAAGAGACAUACUAUUGAGACAAAGAGGCUGUCCCAGAAUCACUCAAUGUCACUCUGCUGCAGUAUUGCCUUAUAAUGUAAUCGUUCAUUUUUACAAUGAUAUUAAACCCAUUUGCCUUUGAUA